AUUUCUUCGUGAGCUCCCAAUUGCUAAUUGUGACAUUGGGCUUACACAGUUGGCACUGGCGUGUAUGAAGAUCAUGAAGUACAUGGAUCCCCUGAUAGAACAGCUGCAGGCAGGCAUCACCGUUGACCUGUCACAGUUACCACAGCCCUAUGAAGAAGUGGCCGAUGAGCUUGCUGAGCAGUCCUACCAGGCAGCCUAG